GAAUGUUCAGCUAAUUGCCCAUGGGCCGAGCUUGUGGCCGGUGGCCGGCUGCUGUCGUCGAGUGCCAUCGCUUCUAUCCUCCAUUUAUAGAGGGUGAUAAUUGACGUGCCCAAAGCGCCCACGAACUUCGUCAACUCUCCUCCAUCCCCUUCCUAUAUAAACCCCAAUUGCUCACUUUCUGCUUCUUUCGAAUCUCUCAAUUACAAGCCGCAACCCCAUCUCAUAAUCAUACCCAAAAGCUCAAAAGACUCGAAUCCGCCCAACCUAUUUAUUACACAAAAUCUACGCGAUUCUUCGGAUGAAGCUAGUGCCAAUAUUUUGGGGAGUUGAGGUGCUUCAAACGGAUGAUUAAAGGUUUUAAUACUCGUCUAGUUUUCACUGUUCUAUAUUUUUGGAGUUUCUGUUUUGAUUGGAUGAUAUUCAACUUUGAAUGCGUUUAGCUUUUUAAUGAUUUCUGGCUGCUGUUUCUAUUAGCUUAGAAUAUUCAACAUAUACUAAACCAAUUGUUAGAUUUUUUUUUUUUUUUAAUUUUCGAAAAAAAAAGAGGGAAAAAGAAGUAGGAUAUGGGGAUUUCCUCGAUUUGCUGUUGUUCUUGUGUACCUAUAAAAAAUUAACUGGGUUUCCUGUGGAUGUCUUUAAAAUCUUUUUUAAUUGCAUGAUCGUCCUACUCUUUGGGGGGGCACUUUGUUCAUUAUUAUGCAUUUUUUGCUAGAUGAGAGACUUUGCAAAAUAUAUUUAUUAUUGUAAAAGUCUUUGGCGCUGAUUCAAAGAAAAUCAUUAGCGUCGUUUAUAAAACUUGUGCCCUCUCUAUGGCAGCUGUGAAAGUUGGGAUUGGGGAAAAGGAAGAACUACGGUUUUGACCAUAAUGAAUUUUUUUUAUUCUCUUGGCGGCUGUUUCUGUCUGUAAAAUAUCAAAGACUCAAUACAACCAAAUUAAAUGCUUUACCUAAUUAGAGUCUGAUUCAGUUGACUGCUUUAGGUUUCUUGGUUCCGAUGGGAAGUUUAAUUUUCAAGAUUUCAACUGUUUCCCGGUCCCCCUCCCCCCCCUUCUCUCUCUCUCUCUCUCUCUCUCUCUCUCUCUCUCUCUCUCUCUCUUAGUGCUGAAACUAGGAUUAACUGGAUGCUGCUGUUUCAAAAGUUCAUAAAGUUUCCUGAAAGAUUUAUUAUAGGAACUAGUAUUGGGUCUGAGAUGUUACCUGAAGAUAUAGAGCAGUUUUAGUCCCUUCGUGCCAUGGUGUAAUGCUCUGUUUUCCAAGCAAACUUGACGAAAUUAAAAGGAGAACGAGAAUUUGGAAAUUUGAGAUUUGAUACUUAGGAUGGAGGAGAGAAACGUCACUGUUGCAUGUUUCUUUUUCAAAGAUCUCCUUCGUGACAAAGUCUUUGUGAAUAAUCAUCUAGUUCAACUCAUUGAAUGGAUUGCCAAAUCUUGCCCUCAUGAUAACAUAUGGGAAUUAAUAUUCCUGUUUCAGCAGAAACAAUUACACCAUCUUUUAAAGCAUGAUUUUGGAACCUUAAAUUUAGAUUUGGGUGAAUUUAGAUAAAUUUCAAUAAAAUUUUAUAUUACAUUUACCCAAUUCCAAGGUUUCUCCAAACAUAGGUUAGGUAAUUAUGAAUGUUAUACCAAUCAAUUUACCUUCUUAUGAAUUCUGGAAGUUCUGGCUUGGCAUCUGUUCAUGCAUGUUCCAGAAAUGCUCAAUGACAAUUUAGGUGAGAAGGCCGCAUAACAUUCAUGAAGUCAAAUUCAGUUUGAUGUUUAUACUGCUCAUUGAUUGCCACUUCUGCAGGCCUGGGAGUACAUUUAAUUGUUAGGAGCUGUGAAUGUUGAAAUACUUGCAACAUUAUUGUCAUUAUUAAACAUAACAUGAUUGGAGCGUGGAUUUGGUGUUAACAUGAACUAUUGCCCCAUGUGCGUGUUGUUAUGAAAUAUAUUAUUACCUUCUUAAUUGUUAAAUAAAAAACUUUCCGUCUUUCCACUUUCCAUUCUUCCCACUAAUUACAGCACUAAGCUGUUUUCUCCUAUCCUCCCUCUCUCCCUACACACGCACAUGUUCACGAAUGUUGCACAAGACUUGUCAAGCUGUCCAGAAUGGCGGACUCUUUUACUGCACAUCAUUCUCUUUGAAAUAUAAAGAUGAAGGGUGAGUUAAUAACUUAGUUUCUUUGUAUUCUUAUUGCAGGUUUAUUACAAUUUUGACCGGCAAUACUAAUCAGGAAAUCUGCCAACGGCGUAUUCUAACAAAUUAACAGGGUUUCUUCUUCCUGACCACAGCAAAGAUUUCUCAGUAUUUCAUCCAAAGAGCACCUGAUGCCAACAUCUUAGCAUGGACUCGCACCUUCUUUCUGGAUUUGGUGCGACUGGUGGGAGCUUAUCCCAUACAUCUUCUCAUCCGACUGUUUCAUCAACACCUACUUGGCUAUUAGGAUCCCUGAAAUUUGAUUUUGGGAACUCACCUACGUCAUCCUUUUCAACUCAUUUUGACUCGGACACCCCUACCACAUUAAGUGACAGCCAGGAUCAACACAGCUCCACAGAGAGUCCCUCAGGAGUUUCUGCCUCGUGUAGCUUUUCAGUCGGAAAUUCUCCGGGCAACUGUGCCCAAGAAAGCCUGCAGCUCUAUUCUGCUGGUCUUUCAUUCUCAAGGAAUGCAAAUUGUGGACAAAAGAUAACAUAUACUCUUCAGGAACUGGAGACUACUCUGAUGGAGCCUGAUGCAGAUGAAGAAGAAUUCAUCACACCAAACCUUUUGUUUGGGGAAGACGAGUGGCCACAAGGACCUGAUCAAAGAUAUAUAACAUGGAACCUGAAGCCUCACGGGGCACAAGCAUGUGAACCGCAGCCAUCUUAUGCUUCUGGCCAUAGGAAGGCUUGGGAAGGAUUUCACAUUGAGAAGCGUCAUAUGGCAAUGGAAGAGAUGUCUUUGCAGGGAAUUCCACCUGGCAGUCUGAAGCAAUUGUUGAUUGAAUGUGCCAGAGCACUGUCCGAGAACAAAACAGAUGUUUUCGAUAAGUUGGUUGAAAGUGCUAGGGGUGCUGUGUCUAUCAGUGGAGAACCAAUCCAGCGUCUUGGAGCCUACAUGAUAGAAGGGCUAAUAGCAAGGAAGGUGGCAUCAGGCAGCAACAUUUAUCAAACCCUCAUAUGUAGGGAGCCUGAAGGCAAUGACUUACUCUCAUACAUGCAUAUUCUGUAUGAGAUCUGUCCUUACUUGAAGUUCGGUUAUAUGGCAGCCAAUGGAGCAAUUGCCGAAGCAUGCAGAACUGAGGAUCGCAUCCACAUCAUAGAUUUCCAAAUUGCGCAAGGAACCCAGUGGAUGAUUCUCUUACAAGCACUUGCAGCAAGACCAAGUGGAGCUCCUCUUGUGCGAAUCACAGGGAUUGAUGACCCUGUUUCUAAGUAUGCCCGUGGCAGCUGUAUAGAGGCAGUUGGGAAACGGCUGGCCACAAUAUCCGAGAAGUUCAAGAUUCCAGUGGAGUUUCAUGCAAUGCCAGUCUCUUGUCCCAAUGUUACACGGGACAUGCUUGAUGUCAGGCCUGGGGAGGCUCUGGCUGUAAAUUUCCCACUGCAGCUUCACCACACCCCUGAUGAAAGUGUUGACGUGAAGAACCCAAGAGAUGAGCUCCUUAGAAUGGUGAAGUCGCUUUCUCCCAAGGUGGUCACUUUGGUGGAGCAGGAAUCAAACACGAAUACGGCACCCUUUUUCACUAGGUUUUUGGAAACUCUAGAGUUCUACUCAGCGAUGUUUGAGUCAAUUGACGCAACCCUGCCAAGGGAGAGCAAGGAUCGCAUUAAUGUGGAACAGCACUGCUUGGCUAGGGAUAUCGUGAACAUCAUUGCUUGCGAGGGGAAGGAGAGGGUUGAGCGCCAUGAGCUGUUUGGCAAGUGGAAGUCCAGGUUAACAAUGGCAGGGUUUCAGCAAUACCCUGUGUGUUCUUAUGUCAACUCUGUGAUUAAGAGGUUGCUGAAGUGCUACUCUGAGCAUUAUACUCUGGUAGAGAAAGAAGGGGCUACGCUGUUGGGCUGGAAGAACAGGAAUCUCAUUUCGGCCUCUGCCUGGCAUUGAGAAUAGAAUUGAGAAAAUAAGGAGGUAGAAGUAGCAACCACCAGCCUUUCUUUUCCUUCUUGUGGGCAAUAAUGUGAGACCUUCUGCAAUGGGAGCUUCAUGACAGUGAAACAUAUCAAUCAAUAGAAUAAGGUUAAAUGAUUCUUUAUUUAUUUAUUUUUUUCUGUUGGUCUAUUGUAAGCUGAAGGCGCACAUUUGUUAUACAUUACACUCACUGAUUAUCAGGGAA